UGCCGCGUAUUCGGAACGCUCCUCGCGCAUCCGAGCCGGUUUCGAAACCAUUUUCAAAGCCAUUUUCGAACGGAGUGCGCGAUUUGCUCAUUAAGCCCAAAUGGGUGUACAAUAAAAGUUUAGCCCCUGCCAUUGAAAAGUGUGUGCUCUACUUAUUCCUUUAUUAUUUCCCCGAAGCCAUUGUCAUCGGUUGCCGCGAGGUGUGAGUGCCCGAGUGCGUCGCUUAAAUGCCAAUUUAAGUGGCAGGCGUUUAAUCAAGUCAAGUCCCAGUCUCCGACGCCGCCGGUGUCACAAAAGCGAGUCGGAGUCCUUGGCAUAGCCCGCUCCUCCUUUUCAUUCCUAGGGAUCCGCUCCCGCGCACAUUCACAAAAUUCCCAGUGAAAACAUAGCCAUAAAUUAACAACUAAUUCAAUUAACUGCUGACAACGUCAACGAGCGCCGCCUGGCUGCAGCGGGAUCCUGGCCUGGGAGAAAAGCCAGGAAAGUCGGGAGCCGAGCACUGCAUCGCCGCAGGAUAUGCGGCGGGCUGCCUAGGAGGAAUUCCUUGUGCCAGCCUCCUCCUCCACGCGGACGCAGUGCAUCAGUCGACGGCAGCCAUGAGCGAGCAGAUUGGCAACAGCAACGGCAACCCCAACGCGACCUUCAGUGGGAGUGGCAGCAACGCCGCCUCCAUCGCCGAAAGUGUGGCGGAGAGCGGUCCGGACUUCGAUGCACUUCGGGCCGCCUGCGAAGCGCGGCUAAAUGGCAGCGGUCAACUGGCGGGCUCUGCAGGGCCCCACUGCGCCGGCACCUUUGAUGGCUGGCUUUGUUGGCCGGAUACGGCCGCCGGCACUUCCGCCUACGAACUCUGCCCGGACUUCAUCACGGGAUUCGACCCAGCAAGAUUUGCCCACAAGGAGUGUGGCCUCGAUGGCGAGUGGUUCAAACAUCCGCAGACCAAUAAAACAUGGUCCAACUACACCACCUGCGUAAAUCUCGACGACCUCGAGUGGAGGCACAGCGUAAACCUGAUCUACGAGGUUGGCUACGGCACCUCGCUGCUGGCCAUUCUGCUGUCCCUGGGCAUAUUGGGUUAUUUCAAAUCCCUGAAGUGCGCCCGCAUCACGCUGCACAUGAACCUGUUCGCCUCCUUUGCGGCCAACAACUCGCUCUGGCUGGUUUGGUACCUCCUGGUCAUGCCGAACACGGAGCUGCUGCACCACAGUCCGAUGCGCUGCGUGGUCCUCCACAUCACUUUGCACUACUUCCUGCUGUCCAACUACUCGUGGAUGCUCUGCGAGGGAUUCUAUCUGCACACCGUCCUGGUGGCCGCGUUCAUUUCCGAGAAGAGGCUGGUCAAAUGGCUGAUCGCCUUUGGCUGGGGCUCACCGGCCGUCGUCAUAUUCGUCUAUAGCAUGGCCCGCGGUCUGGGCGGCACGCCCGAGGAGCAUGUGCACUGCUGGAUGAGCCAAACCGACUACGAUAACGUUCUGGUGGUGCCUGUGUGUAUCUCCAUGUUCCUCAACCUACUGUUCCUGUGCAACAUUGUGCGCGUGGUCCUCCUGAAGCUGAAUGCCCCGGCCAGUAUUCAGGGCAGCUGCGGUCCAUCGCGAACCAUUUUGCAGGCCUUUCGGGCCACGCUGCUUUUGGUUCCUCUGCUCGGCCUCCAGUACAUCGUAACGCCGUUUCGUCCUGCACCCGGACAUCCCUGGGAGAAUACAUACGAAAUCAUCUCGGCGUUUACGGCCUCGUUUCAAGGUCUGUGCGUGGCCACUUUGUUCUGCUUCUGCAACGGCGAGGUGAUUGCCCAAAUGAAGCGCAAGUGGCGGAUGAUGUGCUUCAGCAACCGACCGCGGACCAAUUCCUACACAGCCACUCAGGUCUCGGUAAGAUUUGUACUAAAAGCUUCACAUGCUUUUCUUCCAUCCUUUCUCUCUACUAAUUGUGUACCACGGGUUACGGCGCGUAUGAGUAAUGCAGCAGCACUAGCACACUUUAGCACUCACAGUUUAUUGGCCUAUACUAUAGAUACGCAUUAAUCGCAUGCAGCUAUGAAAAGAAUUAAUACCAAUAAUACAUGUGAAAACAUAAAGAUUAUACAAGACAGUUACAGAAACCGACGCACCGUUGCCAACUGGCCAACCACCAUGAUAGCAAA